CAAAUCAAAGUCAGUGAGAAUAGUUGAAGAAACUGAUCUAAGUGAGACUUUCUUUGUUGGCAUGGUGUCCUGUAACGAUAUCAAAGAAGAUACCACAGAAGAAAAUGUUAGCCACUUAGAAAAUGAUGAAACAUGGAUUGUGUCAUUGCCAAUUAAUGGCACGUUAGUAGCACUAAGAAUUGACACAGGCGCACAAGCAAACUUGAUCAGCAUGACAGAAAUAAAGGCCAUGAAAGAAAAGCCUAAAAUAAUCAAGAAAACAAUGCAACUGAAAGACUAUAACGGAAAAGACAUAGAAAGCAAAGGUCAGUGUAGACUGAAAGUGAAAAUAAAGGACAAAAGCCACAAUGUACUGUUCUCUGUUGUACCUGAGGGCCGGGAAUCACUGCUCGGUGGUGUUUCCUCAAAGAAAUUGAACCUGGUGAGGAGAGUUUACCACAUUAACUGCUCAGAAGCAGUAAGUGUUCAAACAGGCUCAGUUGAAUCCAUUGUGACUCGUUAUCAAGAUGUUUUUAAAGGACUGGGAUGCCUUCCAUGCACAUACAAAAUCAAACUCAAGGAGGAUGCAACUCCUGUAAUCCAUGCACCAAGGAGAGUUCCAGCUCCACUUCGGGAGCGCCUCAAAAAGGAACUGGAAAGGAUGUGUCAGUUAAAAGUCAUCGCCAAAGUGGAAGAACCGACUGAGUGGGUAAACUCCAUGGUGUGUGUCGACAAAAAGAAUGCAAGCAAAGAACUGAGGAUAUGCAUGGACCCAGGGGAUUUAAAUCAAAACAUUAAACGUGAGCACUACCAGAUACCAAAAAGGGAAGAAAUCGCAAGUGAGAUGGCAGGAGCCAAGUACUUCUCAAAGUUAGAUGCGGCACAGGGAUUCUGGCAAAUCAAAUUGGACGAGGAAAGCUCAAGAUACUGCACAUUUAAUACACCUUUUGGGAGGUAUAGAUUUCUGAGAAUGCCAUUUGGAAUAAUCUCAGCAUCUGAAAUCUAUCAUCGAGCAAUGGACAACAUGCUGGAGGGCCUAGAAGGGGUCCGUUGCUAUGUAGAUGAUGUGGUGAUCUGGGGCUCCAAUCUAAUAGAGCACAAUGAAAGACUGACAAAAGUGCUUCAAAGGGUGCGUGAAAAUGGGCUAACAUUAAAUCGUGAAAAGUGCCAAUUCGGUGUGCAAGAAAUAACAUUUCUUGGAGACAAACUUUCUUUUCAAGGUGUAAAGCCAGAUCAAGAGAAAAUAAAAGCCAUUUUAGGCAUGCCGCGCCCCACAGACAGAAAAAGUGUGCUCAGAAUAAUGGGAAUGAUCAAUUUUAUUGGAAAGUUCAUACCCAACCUAUCAGUGAAAACAUCAGCACUGAGAGAACUUCUCCAUGACUCCAAAGAGUUCAAGUGGACAUCGAGAAAUGAGCGAGAAUGGAAUGCUCUAAAGGUCACACUGACAAAUGCACCUGUGCUUGCGUAUUAUGAUCCCAACAAAAGACUGAAGAUUUCCACAGAUGCAUCGAAGGACGGACUUGGAGCUGUCUUGUUGCAGGCAGAAGGGGACAGCUGGAAGCCAGUUGCUUACGCUUCUAGGUCCAUGACUGAGACUGAGACAAGAUAUGCUCAAAUAGAGAAGGAAUGUCUUGGAUUAGCUUAUGGACUACAGAAAUUUCAUUGUUAUGUCUAUGGGCUUCCUACAUUCACAGUUGAGACAGAUCAUCGUCCUCUUGUGUCAAUUAUCAAGAAAAGCCUUAAUGAGAUGUCACCAAGGAUUCAGCGGCUCAUCAUGAAAUUGCAAAGGUAUGAUUUUGAUCUUAAGUACACACCAGGCAAACAUUUAGUGCUGGCAGAUGCGCUAUCCCGAGCGCCAGAGAGGAAUUCUGCAUGCUCCACUGAAAAAGAAAUUGAGAAUUAUGUCAACAUGGUUGUUGAGUCUCUACCUGUAUCUCAUGUCAAAGCAAAUGAAAUUUGUGAAGAAACAGUCAAGGACAAGGAGCUACAAUCAGUGAUGGAAAACAUUCAUGGUGGCUGGCCCAAGGGGUCCUGUCCAAAAUAUUAUCACAUGAGAUCAGAGCUUAGUGUGGCAAAUGGACUGCUACUGAGAGGCUGUAGAAUUGUCAUUCCAAACAGCCUGAGGCCAGAGAUACUUCGUAGGUUACACGAAGGACACCUAGGCAUUGAAAAAUGUAAAAGAAGAGCCAGGACCGCUGUGUACUGGCCCGGAAUCAACAAGGAUAUUGAAAACAUGCUAGGAAAAUGUGAGACGUGUAACAAGUACCAGAGCAAACAGGCAAGGGAGCCUAUGCUGGUCCAAGAUCUACCCACUGCUCCUUGGGAGAAAGUUGGUACAGAUUUGUUCCACUGUAAUGGCAAAGACUAUCUGAUAGUGAUAGAUUACUACUCAAAUUUUCCCGAAAUAGCUCUUCUCACAAGUGCAACCUCCACCAGUGUCAUUACACAUGUCAAGUCUAUUUUUGCCCGACAUGGUAUACCAAAGACUGUAGUGAGUGACAAUGGUCCCUGUUAUAGCAGCAAGGAAUGGCACCAGUUUGCGAGACAAUAUGGAUUUACCCAUAUCACUUCAAGUCCACAGCAUGCACAGGCAAAUGGCAAAGCUGAAAAGGGAGUGCAUAUCAUCAAACAGCUCCUUAAAAAGUCCACAGACAGCAAGUCGGAUCCUUAUUUAGCUCUACUAAGCUACAGAACAGCCCCGCUUGAAUGUGGUUUAUCCCCAGCGGAACUGUUGAUGAAUCGCAAGUUACGCACAACCCUACCUUGCUACACAGACAUCACAGGAAAUGCAGAGAUACAGACAAAACUGGAGAAUUUGAAAUGGAAACAAAAACAGUAUUAUGACAAGGCAACCAAAACCCUCAGACCACUUGCCAAAGAUGAUGUUGUGCGUAUUCAAGACCAGGAUGCGUGGCACCGAAAAGCUACUGUUCUUCAGGAGAUUGGACCGAGAUCAUAUGAAGUAAGGACUGAGGAGGGUCAUGUGCUCAGAAGGAACCGUCGUCACCUUCUCAGAACCAAAGAGACUUUCAAGGAAACAGAAUGUGAAGAUGAAGAUGGAAUUGCUCCUGUGUCACAUGCAGACACAGUGCCAGACCUGAAAUCGAAUGAAUGUGUACAUGUGGACACAAGUGAUGGUCAGUUAGGGUCACAGGUCUUGAGAAGAUCUGAGCGUCAAGUCAAAAGACCAGUCAGACUCGAUUUGUAAAUUAAUGGACUGAAUACAUAAUGUUCUAAUUGUGUGUUUAAAAAAUAUAAUACUUUGAAACUGGUUGUUCACAAUCCCAGUGUAAUAUAAAUAUACAUAUUGAGGCAUGUUCAGUUCAGCUUUAAAGAAAGGGGGAUGUGUUGAUAGGCAAUGAAUCACAUACUAAAUGUGACCAGUAGGGGGAGCUACCGGGUUAGAUGACGAUGGUGCAUGUUGGAGAUGGAAGAGAAAAAUAAGAGUUAAUGGAGAAUGUUAUGCUGCUGGUUAAUGGUUUGUAACUGUUACAUUAAAGUUUGAGCACAAGCUCAUUGAGGAUUAAAAAAGGAACAAGUCUCAUUUUUAAGAGAAAUAACACAUGACCGAAGUCACAGAGACACGGAGUUAUUAAC